GUGCUGUGUUUUGGUUAGCAAAAUUUAAUCGUGCUAGGCCGUACCGUAAUCGAAUUUUCAUUCGUGGUUUCUUCCGUGAAAAUAUCGUUCAUUGUUUUUCGCUUUCGUUCAGACGUUGUGCCAGAUUGUUAAAGUUCGAAAAUAGUAAUUAACCGGCAUUGUUUGCGGUUCAAUUUGCGGAAAAAAUAGAAAAUUUCUCAUCUCUUGUUGACUCCAUUGAAUGUAUCCAACUGAACCAUCAUGGAUAUGAUUAUGCCACAGCAAGACGAUUUCAUCCCGCGGGACUACCAGCGGACGAUGAAGACAAUCUGCAUGCAGAAAAAUACAAUCAUCUACUUGCCGACCGGAGCCGGAAAGACCCAUAUCGCCCUGAUGGUCAUCAAGGAAAUGGGCAAAGAUCUGGAUAAGCCAUUAACUGAAGGUGGUAAAAGGACGUUUUUUGUCGUGAAUACCGUUGCAUUAGCUAAGCAGCAGGCCGAAUUCCUGAGUCAUAAUCUUACCUACGACACAUCGAUCUAUACCAGUGAUCGAAAUGUGGAUGCUUGGAAACAGGACAAAUGGCUGGAAGAGUUCGCGAAGUACCAGGUCAUUGUUUGCACAUGUCAAAUAUUGUUGGACGUGCUGAAGCAUGGUUAUCUCUCGGUUAAACACAUCAACUUGCUUAUAUUUGAUGAAUGCCACCAUGGUGUAGGAGAACAUCCUAUGCACGGGAUUAUGGAACAAUUUCUGAGGGUUCCAAAGUCUGACCACCCACGUGUAAUCGGUCUUUCUGGAAUGUUACUCUAUAAACAGAUUAAAAGUGUCGCCCUAGUAUCUCCAGAAUUGGAACGCUUGGAAAAUACAUUUAACGCGACAAUUGCUACCGUUGGGAGUUAUGAUGCUUUCACCGAGGUCUGCAAAUUUUCGACAGAUCCCAAUGAACUUUUGGUGUCUUAUUCAACCCUUCGACUGUCACCUGUGAUGGCUGACAUCGUGAACAACAUCAACGCUUUCAGUCAAACGAUUGAAGAAUUUCACCUUCCAAAAUAUUUAAAUCAAAAUAAAGCCCUCCUAAAAGACAGACCAAAGCCACUGAAAGAGAUCCGAAAACUCUUCACAGAGUUGAUUUAUCAGCUUGGCGAUACUGGUCUUUUUGGGGGAUCAAUAGCUUUACUUGGUUUGAUAGUCCAAUUUGAGCUGGACAAAAGGCAAUCGGAUAGUUCAAUGCUAAGACUGGCGUUGAGGUCGUGUAUUACUUUUUGCGAAAGCCUGAGGCAUCAGAUCGAAAAAUUAAUGAGUGGUUUGGACAUGAAGACCAAAUUGACUAAGUUCAGCUCUCUGAAGGUCCGCCAAUUGAUAGAUCAGCUGGAAAAGUUGUACGAAGAGAAUCGUGAUAAAAAAGCGAAAACGCUGAUUUUCGUCCAGCGACGGUUCUCGGCGAAAGUUUUGUACCAUUUACUGAAAAUUUACUUCGCUGAGACGGAAGACGCCAACCUUAUUGUUCCAGAUUUCAUGGUGGGCAACAAUGGUUCCAUGCCCGAAUCGAUUGAACAAAUUUUGAGUGCUAAAAAGGAUAGAAGGGUUCUCGAACGGUUUAAAAAGAAUGAAACAAACGUUAUUGUAACAACCAACGUGUUAGAGGAGGGGAUUGAUCUUCAAAUGUGCAACACUGUCGUCAAGUAUGACCAUCCGCAAACAUUUGCGUCGUAUCAGCAGUCAAAAGGAAGAGCCCGUAUGAAGAACAGUCAGUAUAUGGUAAUGCUGGAUAACGAAAAUCGUCAUAUCUUCCUGGAGAAAUACAGACUCUAUAAGAGUAUUGAAGAGGAGUUGCGAAGGUGCCUUAUCGGCAAAACAAUAAACCGGCCAGACCCCCUCGAUGCGGACGUCCACAAAGAGCUAUACAAUGAGAUCAUUCCGCCGUUUUUCACCGCCAAGGGUGCCAAGCUGGAUGCUCUGUCGGCCAUACAGCUCCUGAACCGCUACUGCAUGGGAAUGCCGAGAGAUGCAUUUACCAAUACUAACGUCACUUGGGAACGGAUCGAUCUGAAGGACGGCAGAAUAAUAGUGGAAGUUUUGUUGCCGCUUCAGUCCACCGUGCGAGAAAAAAUCUCCGGCAAUCCCAUGCGCAAUAUCAAGUUGGCAAAACGAUCAGCGGCGUUCAACGCGUGCCGAAAACUGUAUGAGAAUAAGGAGCUGAAUGAACAUCUAAUACCCAUAGACUGCAAAUACCAGCUUAACAAUUUGAAAGAUGUGUAUUUCCGUCAUUGGAAGGAUUUUGAUGCAGACCUCGGCAAACUAGCAGGCACCCAAAAGUGCAUACGAACGCACGCUAUCCAGUAUCCAAAGCAAACAACAGAGUGUUUCCCACAGCCGGGCAAACCCUGUUACAUCUACGUUCUGCGAAUUGCAGCUGGGUUUGCACAGGAUCCAACAAACGAUAAUGUCAACAUUUUCCACUCUUUGUAUAGCUCGGAGAAUAAUUUUGGAUUAAUGACUACGAAACCUCUCCCGGCCCUAGCAAAGAUGAAGUUCUUUGUGACUUUGGGACUAAUCAACGUACACAUAGAGGAGACUCCCAUCGUGCUGCCUAACGGGGGAUCCGAAAUAGAACUUGCUCUACUGAGACAAUUCCAUGUUACAGUCUUCCGCGACGUGCUAAAACUGUGGAAGGAAUUUCUCUGCUGCGAUUACGACAACGAGGAAAACAGUUUUCUGGUGGUGCCUUUGAAAAAUUCUACUCACCUAGACUGGAAACUCAUCCGAGAAUUUCAAAAUUUGAGCGAACCACCUUCGGAAAUUUCAACGAUAGCUCGUAACAAGAUGGAAUUCGAAGCCGAUAAGUACCGACACAAGGUCAUUUUACCGUGGUACAAGAACAACAAGGAACAGCCAUACGUUGUCACUAUGGUGCAUGAACAUCUGACUCCGGAGAGUCCUUUCCCAAAUCCGGAGUACGGUUCCUACGCGAAUUAUUUCAGCCAAGCUUACCAUUUGGCAGUGGUUAAGCCAGAUCAGUUUCUCAUUGAAGUGAAAGGCAUCACUAGUUACCUCAACCGGUUGAACCCCGGAGUGGAAGACGACGGAAAGAGCACCCGAAGCAAACAUUGGCGUUUUAACGAAAUUCUGAUUCCCGAACUGUGUCACAACUACCAAUUUCCAGCUGACUACUGGUUGAAGGCCACCCUCCUGCCCAGUGCACUUCAUCGAUUGCACUAUCUUCUGUUGGCGGAAAACAUUCGCGUGGAUCUGGCAACGGGUGCAAAUGUUGGCUGUUUGGAGAAUCACACGAUCGAAGACGUGGACGUUGAGUACAAGGAGCGGAAAGGAAAGCAGUUGGAGGAACUACAGCUGAUGGAAUUUGAAGAAGAUGAAGACGAAGACGACGAAUUUGAUUUGGAAGAAGCGAAGAGGUCAUUGGUGGCUCCAGAGAAUUUGAGCGAGUUGGCACGAAACCAAAUGUGCUCCAUUACCGGCGAUAUACCUCUGCCGUGGCAGGAGGACGAGGAACCGGUGGAUAUUGAGCGAAACUGGGAUCAAGUGUCGAAACUUGAUCUGGACUACUACAAUGUCUUUGUGAAUAAGUUUUCCGAUCUGUCGAUGCGUGAAAAGGCCGCAGAGCGUAUUAGUAAUGCAUACACGUCAGCCGUAUAUAGACGUGCUGCUGGUAGUCCGAAGCGAGAAGCUAUGGCAAUCUUGGAUGUACCCGUAGACCAGAAAUUUGCCAUUAAACUGCUCCAGUUGACCCCAGCAAAUACGGUCAAUGUCAAUCUUCAACAGAAGAACAUAAUCAAGGCAUUGACGACGAAAUCAUCGUCCGAUGUUUUUGACCUGGAACGCUACGAAUUGUUGGGCGAUGCUUUUUUGAAGUUUUCCAUCUCUCUCUACCUUGUUAAAUAUCACAAGGAAUGGCACGAAGGCUUCCUCACUGCAGUUAAGGGCCAAAUUGUAAGCAAUCGCAACCUGGUCUAUUGUGCGAUAAAGUACGGACUACCUGGAAUGCUAAAAAUUCACAAAUUCGAUCCCAAAAACGACUGGCAACCACCUCUAGCAACGGUUCCGAAGAACAUCAAACGAACGAUGCAAUCUGUGAAUCAUUCCGCCCGAGUGCUAUAUCGGUUGACCUUAACAGAGGAGGAAAUCAAAACCGGUGUGGUGACAGCAAAGAACAGUGAUGAUUUUAUUGCUCAGCUUGAGCUGCAUGGCAACAUGCCUGAUCCCUCGCCAAUGGCAAAUUAUCUCUCACAGCAGACCAUGGGGGACAAGACACCGGCGGAUGCCAUGGAAGCAUUGCUAGGCGUCUGUGUGCAAUCAGUUGGCAUCGAGCGUUCCUUCAAACUGUUGCCACAUUUCGGAAUCCUGCCGAAAACGCACAAUGUCCUGAAGCUCCUUGCUGACAAGAUCGAAAACCAACGACUGAAAACUCAUAUUGAUAUUCGUGAAGUAGAUGCAUUCCUCAAGAACUACAGAAGAAUUGAAAGUAUUCUGGGAUAUAAGUUCAAGGAUAGAACUUAUCUCCUACAAGCACUCACCCAUGCGUCAUACCCUACCAACAGAAUUACGGGAAGCUACCAACAGUUGGAAUUCCUCGGCGAUGCGGUAUUAGAUUUCCUCAUCUCGAUGUACAUCUUUGAGCAGAACCCUACCAUGAGUCCCGGGCAGUUAACAGAUCUGCGCUCGGCUUUGGUGAAUAACGUCACUUUGGCGUGCAUACUUGUUCGCCAUGGUCUCCACUUGUACAUCCUGGCAGAGUCGGCAUCUUUCACCGACACAGUUAGCAAGUUUGUGUUGUUCCAAGAACAAAACAAACACGAAAUUACCGAUCAGGUGAACUUGCUCGUCGAAGAAUCAGACCGGAAGAUGGCCGAAUUCGUAGACGUUCCGAAGGCGCUGGGCGAUGUGUUCGAGAGUCUGGUAGCUGCGGUCUUUUUGGACUCUGGAAACGACUUUGCCGCCACCUGGCAAGUCAUUUACGGCAUGAUGGGCAAUGAAAUAUUGACCUUCACCGAGAACACACCGAUCCAGAUCGUGCGACAGUUGUAUGAGUUCAAGCCGUCGUGCAAGCCAACCUUCAGCAGGGCCAUCCCGGACGAGGACACGGUGCUUGUUAAGCUGCGGUACGAGAUAAGGAACCAACAACACGAAGCGUAUGGUUUUGGUCAAAACAAGGACGACGCAAAGAGGGCAGCGGCCAAAGCGGCACUGCAAGUGUUGCGCAAGCACUACCGCAGUGCUAAGUAAUGUUUCGUUUUGUUUAAUUUUCUUUGUACUAGUGUCGUUUACAGAUGGGAGUUGUUGAACUGUUUUCGCACGUGAAUUAAUAUUAAAUGGCGAUAAAAUGUUUUAUAGAAAGCGUUUGAACGAUUUAUCGAGUAUUAAAUCAAACAUAAUUGUAUGGAGGCAAUGUCGCAAAAUGUCGACAUUUUUCAAGUGUUUGUAAUACUCUAAUCGUCCUACAAUACUCUAAUGUAAAAAAAACUGUGGAAGUGCUCAUCAAAUGUGUACUAAGUCGUUUGAGUCGAAUCAGAACAUAGUUUUAAUAAAAUUCCAAUAGAAAUACCUAUACAAAAAAAAAUAGAAUGAAACUCCAAAUCUGACUGUUUACUUGAAACCAUUGACUCUCUUUUGUGAUAGAAGAGAAUUGAAGACUUGGCAGUAGGUUAUCUCAGAUUGGCUUCCAUGCUUUGUUAUUAGCUUCUAAGAGGGCGGGUUUGGAGAAGAUCAUUAUCUAACAAUUUGAAUAUCGGAUCAAGCCAACGGUAAAUCGCUGUCAAAGCAAAUACUUGUCUACGUGUGCUGGUCGUUUAUGAUCUUCGGAACUGCGAAUAUGCAUUUAGGCAAAGUGUGCUUAAGAUUGUCAAAGAAAUGUUUUUCUUCUCAGAAGGAAAACACGAACAAUAAUAAGAAAAGCUAUUUGAUUGAAUAUAUGCACGUUUUAUAUUACCUUUA